UUUUCUAUUUCCCUGCUAAACUCCAAACUGCCGCGCAAUCAAUCAGAAAAUUUAAUUUAUCAUUUUCUCACCAGCCAAUCACUCGAAACUUUCAAGGAUUGUACUGAGUCAACGGUCCAAAACUCGCCCAUCUUCAUUGCACCCUCAAAGUCAAAACUUCAAUUCAAGUUGUUCAGCCCCUGUUUCAGGCGAAUUCUAGGGUUUCAUGUAACUAUGUUACGGUUACGGUUACGGUUACGGUUACGGUUAGGGUUAGGGUUAGGGUUUUUGGCGGUCGUUUCAGUUUGCGUUGUGACAGUGGAAUCCAGGUGUUCCGGAGGCUGUGAUUUGGCCCUGGGCUCGUACUACGUCUGGGGUGAUUCGAACCUCAGCUUCAUCGGCGAGGUGAUGGCCGUGCGGGUCGCUGAAAUCGUCAGCUACAACCCCGACGAGAUUCCCAACCAAGAUUACGUUCAGACGGAUGUGAGGAUCAACAUCCCGUUCCGCUGCGACUGCAUCAACAACGAGUUCUUGGGCCGCGUGUUUCGCUACUCCGUCCGCUCCGGCGACACGUAUGAGAGGAUCGCGACAUUGUACUACUCCAACCUGACCACGGCGGCGUGGGUGCAGAAGUUCAAUAGCUACGGUGCGAGUUCGAUUCCGGACAAUGCGACAGUCAACGUGACGGUGAAUUGCUCGUGCGGAGAUAGCACCGUGUCGGAGAAUUAUGGGUUGUUCAUCACGUACCCGCUCCGGACGGGCGACACUUUGGAAUCGGUUGCUUCGGCGGCUAAUUUGUCUACAGAUUUGGUAAGGAGCUACAACCGAAAUGCGAAUUUCAGUGCGGGGAGUGGCCUGGUAUACAUCCCGGGCAAAGUGUAACUAGUGGGAGAUGACCCACUGUGGCGGAGUGCGAUUUUGUUCACCCCUUUUAACGGAUUGACCAUCACCCUCAGUACUUUAAGAAUAAAAAAUAACGAAACGAUAGUCAAAUA